ACAGCAGAGGCGGAGCUCUGCCAUGUUCCUUAAGCGCCGGGCCGGGAAGGCGCCCCCGGGGAAGCUGCGGCGCUCCUCCCGCGGCGGGCGGAGGCUGGCGGUCGUAGCUCCGCCUCCUGCGUUGGGCUCCACCUCCCGGCCUCAUUUCCGCCGGGAGACCAUUUCUCGGCGACGCUGCCGUAAGUCAGGUCGGCAGUUUGCCGCAUCACGGAAGAUGGCGGCGGCGGCUACGGUGAACGGGGCGACCGGCGUCUCGAGCUCGGGGCCCGCGGCCACUUCGGGCGCGAUGUUGCAGGCAGCGGCCGGCAUGUACGAGCAGCUCAAGGACGAGUGGAACCGGAAGAGCCCGAACCUUAGUAAAUGUGGGGAAGAGCUGGGCCGCCUGAAGCUGGUUCUGCUGGAGCUCAAUUUCCUGCCGACCACAGGGACCAAACUGACCAAACAGCAGCUCAUUCUGGCCCGUGACAUACUGGAAAUCGGGGCCCAGUGGAGCAUCCUAUGCAAGGACAUCCCCUCCUUCGAGCGCUACAUGGCCCAGCUCAAAUGCUACUACUUUGAUUACAAGGAACAGCUACCUGAGUCAGCCUACAUGCACCAGCUCCUGGGCCUCAACCUCCUGUUCCUGCUCUCCCAGAACCGAGUGGCUGAGUUCCACACAGAAUUAGAACGCUUGCCUGCUAAGGACAUCCAGACCAAUGUCUACAUCAAGCACCCUGUGUCCCUCGAGCAAUACCUGAUGGAGGGCAGCUACAAUAAGGUGUUCCUGGCCAAGGGAAACAUCCCUGCUGAAAGCUAUACUUUCUUCAUUGACAUCCUGCUGGAUACUAUCAGGGAUGAAAUCGCAGGAUGCAUUGAGAAGGCCUAUGAGAAAAUCCUUUUCGCCGAGGCUACCCGGAUUCUCUUCUUCAACACACCCAAAAAGAUGACAGACUAUGCCAAGAAGCGAGGUUGGGUCCUGGGACCUAACAACUACUACAGCUUUGCCAGCCAGCAACAGAAGCCAGAAGACACCACCAUCCCCUCCACUGAGUUGGCCAAGCAGGUCAUCGAGUAUGCCCGGCAGCUGGAGAUGAUUGUCUGAGCCUUGGCCAGGGCGGGUGGACAUGGCUAGUCCAAUCCAGUAUAGGCUGGCCUUCAAUAAAGGCGGAUUGACCUCUUA